ACGCCUAGUUCAUCGUCAGAGCUGGAUCGGUGCAUAUCGUGUUGCAAUAUUAUAACCUCGCACGACUCUGCUAAUACGACGCAUACGGGGAGUCACGGUAGGGUAGCGCAAUAACAAAAUACUUGAUUUCGAAGACGGAAGACGUACAUUGCAGCGGGGUGUUACCGUCCGAAUAAUCCAGUCAGAAAAGAAGGGCGCACGGAACGGUCGCCCAUCGAAUUGCGAACGAGAGAGACUCGCGAGCGAAUUUAGCGCGAGAAGAGAGUCAGACGGCGAGCAGAAGACAGCUGUAGUCUGGCAAAGGCAGUGGUUGCACCGAAAAGUCGGCGUGGUGUCAUGAGAGGCGGUCUCACAGUCCGCCCUUCUUAUCGGUCCCUCUUAGAGUCAUGCAUGUCGCGUCCUUCAAACGAGCUACCGUGGGACAUGAUCCACAGACGAGCAACGGUAAUCAGCCGCAGCAACAGUUGCAACCCGGUGGUUGGAUUGGAGUUCCCGAGACGACGCUGGUGUCGCGAUCGGCUAGGAGCAACGGAAACAGCAACGGCUGGAACCCUGUUGUUACGACGCCGUUUCAGCAUCAACAACAGCUACACGAACGGAAACAAAAAGAAACUAAAUCUGGGGACCUGGGAGAUGAUGAAGACGGGGGUGGAGGGGGUGGAGGGCUGGAGGGGGCGGACCCAGAGGAGAACAACUCUGUUCACCUCAAGAGACGGGUGGGACUCGUCAGUGGGGUGGCUCUAAUCGUUGGUACCAUGAUAGGUUCCGGGAUAUUCGUUUCGCCGUCAGGGCUUUUAGUUCGAACUGGCAGUAUCGGAAUCAGCUUCCUCGUAUGGACGGCCUGCGGCUUGUUGAGUCUGUGCGGCGCGUUGGCAUACGCCGAGCUGGGUACGAUGAACACGAGCAGCGGUGCUGAAUAUGCGUACUUCAUGGACGCGUUCGGCGCACCGCCUGCAUUCCUCUUCUCAUGGGUCUCCACUUUGGUCUUGAAGCCGUCUCAGAUGGCUAUCAUAUGCCUCUCGUUCGCGCAAUACGCGGUAGAAGCGUUCGCAGCCGACUGCGAUCCACCCGAGGAAGUCGUCAAGAUCGUAGCGCUUCUGGCAAUCAUACUUAUACUGCUGGUGAAUUGUUACAGCGUUAAUCUGGCCACGGGUGUGCAGAAUGCGUUCACUGCGGCCAAAUUGAUCGCCAUACUCGUUGUAAUCGCCGGCGGUUCUUACAAGCUAAUACAGGGUAACACACAGCAUCUCAAAGGCGCUUUCAACACAAUGGAUGGCAGCUCCACCGUAAAUAUUGGAAGGCUGGCCACAGCUUUCUACACCGGUUUAUGGGCGUACGACGGUUGGAACAACCUGAAUUACGUCACGGAAGAAAUCAAAGACCCCUCGAAAAAUCUGCCGCGUUCCAUUAUGAUCGGUAUACCCCUCGUCACACUUUGUUACGCGUUGAUAAACGUCUCUUACUUAGCUGUGAUGUCGCCGUCGGAGAUGAUAGAAAGCGAAGCCGUCGCAGUGACUUUUGGAAAUCGGAUUCUUGGCGUUAUGGCGUGGCUCAUGCCGCUCUCGGUAGCAAUCAGCACGUUCGGUUCCGCAAAUGGUACUCUCUUUGCAGCAGGUAGACUAUGCUUCGCUGCAUCCCGAGAGGGUCAUUUACUCGACUGUCUCAGUUACGUGCACGUGCGACGAUUCACCCCCGCGCCAGGACUCAUCUUCCACUCACUCGUUGCAGGAACGAUGGUAUUAUCGGGAAACAUAGAUUCCUUGAUCGACUUUUUUUCAUUUACCGCUUGGAUCUUUUACGGUGGAGCAAUGCUCGCUUUGUUGGUGAUGCGAAGAACCAGACCAAAUCAUCCACGACCAUACAAAUGUCCGCUGGUGAUACCUGUGCUCGUACUUGGAAUUUCUGCGUACCUGAUUGUAGCGCCAAUCAUUGAUAAGCCUCAAAUCGAGUACUUGUACGCGACCGGGUUCAUAUUUGCAGGCAUGCUUGUCUACCUCCCGUUCGUUAAAUACGGAUAUGUGCCCAAAUUUAUGGAAGGAGUAAAUGCCUUUCUUCAGAUGUUACUCGAGGUAGCACCGACGGCUGCGGCCUUUGACUGACCUUGAUUGAAUCCAAGAAAUGGUUCUUUUAAUGCCAAAUCAUUCCAUAGCGGCAUAGUGAACCAUAUGUGAAUAUCUAUUUUAAAUAUGCAUAGACAAACAUGUGUAUCCUAUUAUUAAAGCUCUCAAAGCUGGCCCAAAUGAAUUCACAAACAUAAAAAUAUUAUUUUAUUACUCGUUAUUCUUCAUAUAUAACAUACAAUAUAUGGAACAUGUUAUUGUUAGACAUAAUUAAUUAAUGUUGUACAGAUUGCAAUGAAGCAACUAAAAAUAUUUUAAACACUUAUGGUUAAAAUUUCAACUUUUUUUUUUACUCAGUGUUUUCUUAUUCACUUUUCCAUAAACCUCUAAUAUACCAUCAGAUUUUUUCUUACGAG